AUGGAUUUCAACCUCAUGGAUGAACUCUUGUAUGACGGGUUCUGGUUGGAGACUACUGAUGGAUCCAAUAUUUGGCAGCCAAUUCCAUCAGCUUCCACCUCCUUAAAUUCUCCUCUAUAUUGCUUUCCUAGUUCAGAUUCUAGGAUGGACUAUUUAGAUCCAAAUCCGCAUCAGAAAGGCAAUGAAGAAACAGAAAGAUCAAUUUUUGAUGACACCGUACCUCUUGGAUAUUCCCAUGAGGAUCAUUUCGUUGAAAGCCAAAUGCAAAAUCAAGAAACCACAGCAUCUUCAGGUCAAUCUAAAAGAUUUCUAGUUGAAGGCACUGAAAGCAACAGAAGAUUGUGGAUUGCACCAAGUAAAAAUCCUAGACCACGUAUCUCAGUUAAAAAGAGAUUAAUGCAGGCAAUUGAGUAUCUAAAAGAAACCACUAGAGAUAGAGAUGUCCUUAUUCAGAUAUGGGUGCCUAUAAAGAGAGGAGGCAGACAUGUCCUUACCACUAACAAUCAACCAUUUUCCCUCAAUCCAAACUGCAAGAGUCUUGCAGAUUAUAGAGAUGUUUCCAGGAGCUAUCAGUUUUCGGCUGAGGAAGACUCGAAGGAGUUUGUUGGGUUGCCUGGCCGAGUUUUCUUGAAGAAGUUGCCUGAGUGGACUCCUGAUGUUCGCUUCUUCAAAAGAGAGGAGUACCCACGUAUUAAGCAUGCCCAACAGUACAAUGUUAGUGGAUCUCUGGCAGUUCCUGUUUUCGAACGUGGUAGUGGCACUUGCUUGGGUGUUGUUGAGAUUGUGACAACUACUCAAAAAGCCAAUUAUCAACCCGAACUUGAAAAUGUCCGCCGAGCUCUUGAGGCUGUUGAUUUAAGGAGUUUUGAAAUCUUGAGUCCUCCCAAACUAAAGGAUUGCAACGAUUCUUACCAAACUGCACUAGCAGAGAUUCGAGACCUUUUGAAAGCUGUCUGUGACACCUAUGAAUUGCCUUUGGCCCAGACUUGGGCCCCAUGUGUCCAACAAGGUAGAGGUGGGUGCCGACAUUCUGAUGAGAACUACACUUUCUGUGUUUCCACCAUAGAUUCUGCUUGCUAUCUGCCAAAUCCUAAAGUAUUGGACUUCCACAAAGCCUGCUCUGAGCAUCACCUCCUUAGAGGUGAAGGUGUUGCUGGGGGAGCAUUCAUGACAAACCAGCUAUGUUUCGCCACUGACAUUACAGCUUUCAGCAAGACCGAGUAUCCUCUCUCUCAUCAUGCCAGAAUGUUUGGAUUGCAUGCAGCUGUGGCAAUACGAUUUCAAAGCAUCCACACAGGGUUGGAUGAUUUCGUCUUGGAGUUCUUCCUGCCACUUGAUUGCAAAGGUUCUGAAGAACAAAAGCAGAUACUGAACUCAUUAUCCUCUAUGAUACAACAGGUAUGUCAUAGCUUACGUGUUGUUACAGACCAGGAACCAGCAGAAGAAUCUGCAUUCCUAGUUGGAGAAACAGUCACACCUUCAGGUGGUAGACUAGAUGAAGAGACCAAUCCGAAGUUGGUAUCUUCUCCUUCACCCUUUCAAGAUGAGUCAUCCUUGAGUGCUGACAUAAGGGAAGCCCAGAGAAAAGGUAAGAGUGUUGCGAUCUCCAUGGAGUAUCAGAAAGAGGAGCCAGAAGGAGGGUUCAAGGUGACAAUCCAUAGGGAUAGCAAUGAAGCAGCGAUACACCAUGAGCCAGUAUUCUCAGAACAGAAGCAACUUCAGCAAGAUUCUGGCACCAAAAGAAGCACAAAGGGUGAUGGGGACAUUUCUUCUGUUGGCUGGCAUCGCUCUUCAGGUGCCAGAAAAACAGGCGAAAAAAGACAAACGAAGACAGAGAAGACCAUCAGCUUGGAAGUACUUCGGCAAUACUUUGCUGGGAGCCUCAACGAUGCUGCUAAGAGUAUUGGGGUGUGCCCCACUACUUUGAAGAGGAUAUGCAGGCAACAUGGCAUCAACCGAUGGCCUUCUCGAAAAAUCAAAAAGGUAGGCCACUCCUUGAGGAAACUCCAACGCGUAAUUGAUUCUGUCCAAGGCGCAGAGGGUGCUAUUCAACUCAGCUCCUUCUAUACAAGCUUCCCCGAACUAAGCUCUCCAAAUUUACCUGGGACAAGCCCCCUCUCCACCUCUAAGAUGAGGUUAAACACACAACCUGAGGGCAGCUUAGUGAGCCCUGGAAUCACGGCUUCAAAAUCACAUUCUUCUUCCGGCAGUCAUAGCUCCAGUUCCACUGGAACAAAGCAACCGUCUAUUGCCAUCAUUGCCUCAGGUACUGGAGAUGGUUUAUCAGCAGUACAGCCUGGUGGGGUGCUGAAGAGAGUAUGCAGCAAUCCAGAGUUGCACGACUUGUGUCACGAGGAAACAAAGUUUCCAAUAAGGUCUCAUAGCCAUAAUUUCUUUAGUGAGCAUCCUUGGCUUGAGGCUCCACCUCCUUUACCAAGAAGUAGCAGCCAGCUUUUCUGCAAAGCAAGCACUUUUAGAGUAAAAGCCACUUGGGGGGAAGUUAAGAUCCGGUUCAGCAUGCAACAAAAUUGUUGCUUUGGAGAGUUGCAGCGAGAAAUUGUGGGGCGAUUUAAUGUAGACGAUAUCAGCAAAAUCAAUCUAAAGUAUUUAGAUGAUGAGUCCGAGUGGGUUCUUUUAAUGUGCGACGCUGAUCUUGAGGAAUGUAUGGACAUACACAGAUCAUCUGGGAACCACACGAUUAAGCUUUCACUUCACCAAGCUUCCCAUACGACCCUAGGAAGUGCAUUAGGGUAGCAGUGGCCCAUCCUAACACUAUGAUCUGUUUCUGGUGGCUUAUGUUGGGAGAAUGGGAAAAAAUGCCCAUGUAAUUUUCUGUAAAGCACUGAAGCGCGGGGGCUUGUCUGUAAUGGAGGUGGAGGCCGCAGUUUGUCAAAUGGUCAGAUUUCUGGGAGUUUCUGUUAAUUGUAUCACAAGGAAUCUAUUUACGCUCAUGAUAACACCACCACCACCACCACUACUGCAACUUGAUACUAUAGUAUAUAUCAAUGAGUCUGGAAUGGGGCUUAUCAAAACAAACGGAUUUCCAAACCUACAGUGGAUUCAUGUAAAAACAUUCGAUAGUAUGAUUGGUGUUACUUGUAUGGGCA